AUGCCAGAAGCAACCAAUCUCACCUUCAGCCUCCUCCCGGAGAGCAUCCGACAAAGCUCAGCUAUCGGUGCUGAAGUACAACUUCCACCUGGAAUGUCCAUUCUGGACCUUGAUAAAUUGACCGAAGAUGACAAAGAUACUCUACGAAAGACUCUGUUCGAGAAUCAGGUCAUCGUGAUCCGCAAGCAAAAGGGAAUCGAUCCUACUGUUCUACCCAAAUUCGCCAAGAUCUUCGACCCGAACGCCUCUGAUAUUCAUUCGGCUGGAGAGAAAGCUGUCAGCGACCCGAAGAACAUUCUCUCAGCUUACAAGGCUGGAAGAAUUCCCAAGGCUCCACAGGUUGGAAUUAUUGGGUCGGGUACUUUUCAUGAUUAUGAAGGUCUGAAGAAGUUAGAGGUUAUUCACCUGGAUCAUACUUUGUUUCAUGAGACUCCACUUGAGCAAGAGAAGCUGGAUCAGGGAUUUACUCGCCCUUACAGAUGGCACAUGGAUACCCCAUUUUAUGAGCGAUUGCCGGGCGAGGUAACUAUUCUACACUCGAUUCGCAUCCCAAAUGUUCCAGAUCAGAAGAUCAAAUUCCCAGAUGGAACAGAGAAGACCAUUGGUGCAGGUGCAACUGCUUUCUUCUCGGGCGCUCGUGCUUUUGCUCUCUUGACUCCCGAGGAACAAGAGUUCGCAUUGAACACCACCGUUACAUAUGCUCCACAGGCCUAUGAAUACAUCAGGCAGUGCAAGGCUUCCCCUGAUGGCCUGACUAUCCCAACAAUGGGACGUGAAGUUCCAGUUGAGAAGUUGUCAGAGUGGAGCUGGGAUAAGGUUGCAGAGCACCCUAUGGUUUGGCGCAAUCCACUCAAUCCAGAUAGACCCUUCCUCCAAGUUCACGGCUGCUGCGUUUACAAGCUGACAACACGCGACCCGAAAACUGGUGAGAUCACAGUUAUGGAUGAUGUCGAAAAGGUCAGAAAUGUGGUGUACAAUAUGCAGAAGAAGAUCUACGCAGCCGAGAACAUUUACCCCCAUCGCUGGGAAGAGGGUGACUUGGUGAUCUUCCACAACAGGGGCGUUAUGCACAGCAUCACAGGACAAUUAUCGAAGCACAAGCUGGACGAGGAUAAGAGACGAUUAUUGUGGCAAUGUACCAUGACCAGCAUGGAGCCACCAAAAGCAUUUCGCAGCUAUGAAGGAGUCAACGAGACAGGAUAUGUCAGAGUCUAA